AUCUCGUUAAAGUUAUUAAAAUUAAAGUUUUAUGAACGCCGUUAGGGUUUUAAUGAAACUGUCGUACUUUCUAUUGAACAUAAUAACUUAAAAAAGGAGCUUGUAAAAAUCGAGCACAUGUAGAGAUAAAAACAAAACAAAACUAUUACUUCUAGUUAAGCCGAAAUAGUACAAUCACGCCGUAAUACUAAACAUCACAAUAACAAAUACUGCAAAUUGCAUCAAAUCCAUUGCCAUUUUAAUGAAUGAUAAAUUUUGCACGACACGCAAAAACCGCAAUGUAAUCGAAACAUUGCAAUCGUGUCCACUCAGAUGUUAAACUAGUUAAUUUCACAGUAGGAAGACCCUAUCACUGAAUGGAAAGGCGCGUUGUACAUUUCACCAAGUAUAAAACGCUUGUGGGGAUCACGGAUUGCACCAGUCAAUACUUAGAAGUCGUCAACAGCAUCUAAACUAUUCAACAUGAUCGCUUUUAGAACAGCCGCCAUCUUCCUCCUGGCAGCGCUGGCCAGCGCUCGCCCCUCCGAAGACUGGGAGCCAGAAGGCCACUCGCACUCGGAGCACACGAAGCCGUACCACGUGACGGUGGUGAAGAAGAUCGGAGUGCCUGUACCGCACCCAGUCGCCGUGUCAGUCCCGCAGUACGUGAAGGUGCCCAUCCCCCAGCCCUACCCCGUCCACGUGACGGUAGAGCAACCGAUCCAUGUACCAGUUUAUAAGGUCGUCCCUCAGAUCGUUGAGAAGCCAGUGCCGUACACCGUUGAGAAACCCGUCCCCUAUGAGGUUGAGAAGCCCUACCCCGUCGAGGUGGAGAAGAAGGUUGAGGUCCCCAUCCCCAAGCCCUACCCCGUCCACGUCCCCGUCUACAAACACGUAUACCACCACAAAGGAGGCCAUAAGCACUAAGCUCUAAACACUAAAGGGGGGUCACAAAGCUUUUUAAUAAGCAGGGUUGCCAGUGUAAAUACAAAUUUUGUAGAUCUGAUGGAGAUGUAUUUCCAUCAGUGUUGACUUAUGUAAUAAUGUUGUGAUAUUUAUUGUUGUGUGCACAAUGAGUGUUGCCGUCCGUGCUGUUUGUUAGCGUUUUUUGUUGACUAUUGUGUAAUUGUUGAUGUUUUUUAAUUUUAAGUGUUGUAGAUUAAAACAAUGUUAUAAACUGUU